ACCCAGCAUCCCCUUGGAUGGACUCGCGAAAAACGCCCAAUAAGAUCGACCUCUACGACGUCCGGCGGCGACCGUGGUACAUCCAGGGGGCAGCGUCGCCUAAGGACAUGCUGAUCCUAGUGGAUGCGAGUGGCAGUGUCUCUGGCCUCACCCUGAAGCUAAUCCACACCUCUGUCAACGAGAUGCUGGAGACCCUGUCUGACGAUGACUACGUCAAUGUGGUCUAUUUCAAUGAUAAAGCGGUGAAGGCGGCAUGCUUUCAGAACCUGGUCCAGGCCAACGUGCGGAACAAGAGGUUCCUGAAGGAUGCUGUGCGGAACAUCUCAGCCAAGGGCAUCACAAACUACAAAGGCGGCUUCGAGUUGGCCUUCGAGCAGCUCUCAUCGUUGAACGUGACCCAGGGCAGGGCGUUGUGUAACAAGAUCAUCAUGCUGUUCACUGACGGAGGAGAGGAGAGGGCCCAGGAGAUCUUCCAGAAGUAUAACGCUGACAAAAAGGUGCGGAUAUUCACGUUCUCAGUGGGCCAACACAACUAUGACAAAGGACCAAUCCAGUGGAUGGCCUGCACCAACAAAGGGUACUAUUACGAAAUCCCCUCCAUCGGUGCUAUCAGGAUCAACACUCAGGAGUACCUGGAUGUACUGGGAAGGCCCAUGGUCAAAGCAAACAACAAGGCCAAGCAGGUUCAAUGGACCAACGUUUACCAGGACGCACUGGUACGUUACACCAACUGACACAAUGUUGAACGG